GCGAGGGGGGGGGCGGCGGGGGGCGCGUUGGGUCAAGAUGGCCGACCUGGAGGCGGUGCUGGCCGACGUGAGCUACCUGAUGGCCAUGGAGAAGAGCAAGAGCUCACCUGCCGCCCGCGCCAGCAAGAAGAUCGCCCUGCCCGAGCCCAGUAUCCGUAGCGUGAUGCAAAAGUAUUUGGAGGAAAGAGGAGAAUUAACCUUUGACAAGAUCUUCAGUCAGAAGAUUGGUUUUCUGCUGUUCAAGGACUUUUGCCUGAGCGACAUUGAAGAAGGAGUCCCGCAGCUGAAGUUUUACGAGGAGAUCAAAGAGUACGAAAAGCUGGACUCCGAGGAGGAUCGCCUCAGCAGGAGUCGGCAGAUCUACGACACGUAUGUCAUGAAGGAGCUGCUCUCUUGCUCGCAUCCUUUCUCAAAGCAAACCGUCGAUCACGUGCAGUCCCACCUCGCCAAGAAGCAAGUCCCAGCAAACCUUUUUCAGCCCUACAUAGAAGAAAUCUGUGAGAGUCUUCGAGGAAAAACUUUCCAGGCGUUUCUGGAGAGUGAUAAGUUCACUCGGUUUUGUCAGUGGAAGAACGUAGAACUGAAUAUUCAUUUGACCAUGAAUGACUUCAGCGUGCAUCGGAUCAUCGGCCGCGGAGGCUUUGGGGAAGUUUACGGCUGCCGGAAAGCAGACACGGGGAAAAUGUAUGCGAUGAAGUGCUUAGAUAAGAAGCGGAUAAAGAUGAAGCAAGGGGAAACCUUGGCCUUGAAUGAAAGGAUCAUGCUGUCCCUCGUCAGCACCGGCGACUGUCCUUUUAUCGUGUGCAUGACUUACGCCUUCCACACCCCCGACAAGCUGUGCUUCAUUCUGGACUUGAUGAAUGGGGGAGACCUGCACUACCACCUCUCGCAGCACGGGGUGUUUUCGGAGAAGGAGAUGCGCUUUUAUGCCACCGAGAUCAUCCUCGGGCUGGAGCACAUGCACAACCGCUUUGUGGUCUACAGAGACUUGAAGCCAGCAAAUAUCCUCCUGGAUGAACACGGCCACGUAAGGAUAUCGGACCUAGGCCUGGCGUGUGAUUUCUCCAAGAAGAAGCCCCAUGCCAGCGUGGGCACCCAUGGCUACAUGGCCCCCGAGGUGCUUCAGAAGGGGACGGCCUACGACAGCAGCGCGGACUGGUUCUCCUUGGGCUGCAUGCUCUUCAAGCUCCUUCGAGGGCACAGCCCUUUCAGGCAGCACAAAACCAAAGACAAGCACGAGAUAGACCGCAUGACGCUGACUGUGAAUGUGGAGCUUCCCGACUCGUUUUCCCCGGAGCUGAAGUCCCUUCUGGAAGGCCUCCUGCAGCGAGACGUCAGCAAGAGGCAGGGCUGCCAGGGGGGCAGUGCGCAGGAAGUGAAGCAGCACCCUUUCUUCAAAGGGAUUGACUGGCAACACGUCUACCUGCAGAAGUACACUCCCCCCUUGAUUCCUCCCCGUGGAGAAGUGAACGCAGCUGACGCUUUUGACAUUGGCUCAUUCGACGAAGAAGACACGAAGGGCAUUAAGCUGCUGGACAGUGACCAAGAGCUGUACAAGAACUUCCCCCUGGUCAUCUCCGAGCGCUGGCAGCAGGAAGUGGCCGAGACGGUUUACGAUGCCAUCAACGGGGACACGGACAAGAUCGAAGCCCGGAAGCGAGCCAAGAACAAGCAGCUGGGGCACGAGGAAGACUACGCCCUGGGGAAGGACUGCAUCCUACACGGCUACCUGCUCAAGCUGGGAAACCCCUUCCUGACUCAGUGGCAGCGGCGCUAUUUCUACCUCUUCCCCAACCGGCUGGAGUGGCGAGGAGAGGGAGAGUCCCGGCAAAACCUUCUGACGAUGGAGCAGAUCGUGUCUGUGGAAGAGGCGCACAUCAAGGACAAGAAGUGCAUCUUGCUCAGGAUUAAAGGAGGGAAGCAGUUUGUGCUGCAGUGCGAGAGUGACCCGGAGUUUGUGCAGUGGAAGAAGGAGCUGACUGAAGCCUUCACAGAAGCACAGAGGCUGCUGCGGCGAGCGCCCAAAUUCCUGAAUAAAUCCCGUUCCACGGUGGUGGAGCUCUCGAAGCCGCCCCUGAGCCACAGGAACAGCAAUGGCCUUUAGGAGCCGGGGGGAAAGGAAGAUGGCGUGGGGCGGCUGCCUCUCUCCCGGUUCCUCCUGCGCUCUCCAAAGCAGGGUGCCCUCCAGCAGGCAAGAGCGUUGGUGCUUCGGUGCCCAGGAUGAUGCCAGGAGCUCACUUCCGGGAGCCAGAGGAGGCUGAUGUGGCAGCCAGAGAGAGGAAGGAUGAGAGGGGGGUUUUGCUUGUCCCCUGGCCACGGCACUCAGUGGGCUGAAACUAGCUAACGCCCUGAAAGAAGGAAGGGGUUGCUGCUUUGUGAGAAACCUGUCCCAGUGGACUCUCUCUCAGACUGGCCAGUGGGAACGACGGCCGCCCAUUCUCCGAUUGCCUCGCUGCAUCCAGAAGGCAGAGGGGCCCUGCACCCGGGGCAGGAGAGGAGCUUUCCGGGGAUGCUGCCGCUGCUCGUCUCGGGGGUCUUUUCUGAACCCUUGUCCCUCAGCAGUGGGCCCCUCCUGCUCUUCAUGCUGCCCCACUCCGCUGAUGAACCCCGCUCGAUGUCUGUGGUUUGAAACGUCCCUCCUCCUGCUGCUGCUGUUGCUGCUUCAUGGAGAAAAUGUCCAAUUCCGAGUAGUUUGUGGCACUUCGUUGCUGGCCUCCGCCCUUAUUUUGCUUCUCUCCCAUUUGUGCAGAUCCGUCCCUGACAGAGUAGAGGAAAGACCAAAAAGCCGGGGGUGAGGGGUGGGGGGGGGUGUCUCUUUGCAUUUAGACCAUUCUGUGUAUGUGCAACUUUCCUCUCUUUUUUAAAAAGGAAGUGGCCCAUGUUGAAGAGGUUUAGAGUGAAUUCUGAGUGAGCUUUUCUCUCCUUUCUAGUCCUGCAGCCCUUUGAAGAUGGCCAGUGUUGGAUUGCUUGGCUCAGCUAGUUGGCAGCCUCGAAGGACCCUUGACCCUCUCUCCACCCUGCCCCCCCACCAGUUAUCUGUGUUGAGCCCUUCUGCAGGAGGAGGUGGCAGGAGGAAGAAGGCCAUUGGCCAUUUGUGGGGUCAUGUGAGCCACAGCCCUUGGCUCUUUUCUCCCCUUUUGUGCCGGCAUCUUUCAGUCCCCUUUCACCAAGCAAAUGUGGAUGGGGGUGGGGGAGGGCUCUUCAGAGUAAACGGUCUCUCUGGGCUCAGGAAUGACAUGCUGGCUGUAUGUGAAGUCAGAGCACAUUGCAUCUUUUUUCUCAGUCAUUUCCUCCAUGCUUCCAUGGUCCAGAAAGUAUGAAAAUCGCGUCCUUCCGAGAUGAACAAGUAAAAGUCCUCCAGGUCCGAAGUUGGCAUCAGACUGUCCCUCCCUAGCUUGGCUGGACUUGGGAGGGGGGAGAUGUUUGCAGAGGGGGGGGAGGUGGAGAAGCACACGAACCCUCCUUUGUGGAGGGCAGAUGUUUAGUUUUGUAUUGAUUGCCAAGGUUUGGCAAGUUGCACUUCAAGAAAUGCUCCGGGUUGUCUUUGUGAAGAUUAUUGCAGGUUCCGCUUUGGGUUGCAGAAGUGUCCUCUGAGGUGCAGGAGCUUCGGUGCACGUGUGAAGCUCCCCUGCUUUCAUGGAGCUCUUCUGGCAUGUUAGUCUCAAGCACCACAUCUGCAGGCAUGCACCAUUCCUUGCGCCAGGCUGCUAGGUCUAUAGAAAUGAAUUAAGGCACACUUGAGCUCUGUCCUGGAAAGGGUUCUUCUCAUCUGCCCGCAGUUCUUGGCAUGGGGUGUCUGCUGAACAAGCUUCCAUCUGGUCUGUGGUCCAUAACAAAACCUUAUGAUGUCCUUUAAAAACCCAUUUUCUCCACCGAGUCCAGUCCUGCUUCCUCUUGGAGCCUCUUUCUGGUGGGCUGUGCCAAGAGGCUCUGGUGGGCAAGGAUGCCUAGAACCCUCCAGCCAAUGCCAGGCCUUUUCUAGUGGCUGGCUUCCUUCCUGCCACCCAAGUCCCUUGAGGCCGCGCCUGCUGGCCCUGGCUGCUCUCUGCACCCCCUCGUGGCAGCCGCCCGCUGGGGGUCCCCUUGUUUCUUGCACCGGAGAGUUGUGGUUGUAUAGCUCUUGUGUGUGUUACUUUUUCUUUUUUUUUUAGUUUGUGUUGAUUUUAGCUUAGUGUUGUUUUGCAAGCGUCCUGGUUCCAUAGCCACAUUUCUGAAAGUCUGGAAAUCCUGAUUUUUUUAUAAUGCUGGCUCCUGUUCUCGUAAAGAGGGAGAGGCCUCAGGAACCAGAAGAAGCCAAGCAUGAACUUUUACGAAUAAUAUGUUAAUUUGAAAAUGAGACUGGGCAGACACUUGAAUGGACUGUACUUCUGUACGCAGUGACCUCAUUGCUUUCGUAAACGUUGGAGUAAGCUAUUUAAAAUAGGCUGGAUUUAGAUUUUUGUGUUGUUUCAGAGGCACAUGGUAGGAUAGAGAUAUUUUUUGUUUCCACUUGUGUGAAUUGUCAACAGGAAUAAAAAUGAAUAUGAAUGU